AUGGUGGAGUUCCCUCUCGAUCCAACUCUGUCGAAGAUGUUAAUCGUAUCUGAAGGAAUGGGUUGCAGUGAUGAAAUACUCACAGUCGUCUCAAUGUUAUCAGUUCCAGCCAUAUUUUUCCGGCCGAAGGGUCGAGAGGAAGAUGCGGACUCGAAAAAAGAGAAAUUUCAGGUGCCCGAGAGUGAUCAUUUGUCGUUUUUGAAUGUUUACUUGCAAUGGCGUUUGCAUAAAUAUUCAACGAAAUGGUGCAACGAUAACUUCAUACAUGCGAAAGCGAUGCGUAAAGUUCGCGAGGUGCGUGCUCAAUUGAAAGAUAUAAUGGAGGAUCAAAAAAUCAAGUUGAUAUCGUGUGGGACAGAAUGGGACAUCAUUCGAAAAUGUAUUUGUUCAGCGUAUUUCCAUAACGCUGCGAGGCUCGUUUUUUUUGACAUUUUCUGA